AACCAAACUUCAGUUACAACUUCGACCCUCCUCGGGAUAGGACGCAAAAACGCAAUCGUUCGAGACUAUAACACUUGGAUUGGUCGAUUUAUAACACCCCCAUCUCUUGAAUCUGCCCUGAGAGAGUGAAAGGAGGGAGAGAAACAGUUUCCAUAAUAUUCUGAUACAAAUGCGCUGCAUUGAAGUAGCCGCGAACGAAAAGUGGUUUAUCUCGUUAGAGCAUUGUUAAGUUUCGGGAAAACGGCUGCAACGAUUUCUUAGCGCAAUCAUAAGUGAGUGUGAUUUGUUUCUGUAUGUUACGCAAGUGAUAAGAAAAGAAGCUGUCUGCUGAGAAGCGAUGAGAAGAUAAAAUGAAAAACGUGUGACUUUGAAGCUAUCGAACGCAGAAGAGCGGAAUAGAGUGUGGGAAGCAGCCAUCGCGACAUAUGAAGAAUGUGUGAUACGAAAUGAUCCAAUUUGUGUUGCAAGAAUUCCGUUGGGUGAAAAAGAUGAAUUUUGUACCAACGACAAGAAACGGUCGGUAAAGUGGAUUGUGGAAGAUAUUUUUUGUGAUUUCCUUAAAAGAGCCUGACCCAAAAUUGGCGUUUCAAUGAGUUUUUAUUGUGAGUGAAUGAUCCUGAUCCUUUUUUCGCUUUGGUUCCUGAAUUUCUGAAAACGAUAACAACGAUGGAUUUCCUGAAAAAUCUGCUGUUCCUUACUUUGGUGGUAUCUAUUGCUGCCCGAUCUACACUGAUGAGCCGAAUGGACAUCGCACCGAAGGGAUGCAAAUGGCAACGAGUGAUCGACGAGAAUGCAGAAGAUGAAAAUACUGUGACGGCUGUGCUUUCCUGCAAGCUGAAAACAAUCGGCGGCACAGACACUCUCAUGCGUAAUCUGAGCUCGUACCAAAUCGAGCGCAUCAACUCGCUCAAACUUGAGUGCAGCGAUAUUCUUUUCUUCGAGAGUUCGUUAGAGGCAAAUCAACAUUCGGGCGCAUUUCUAGGUUCAUUGAAACGCCUACGAGAUCUUAAGAUCGAAUACUGUAAGAUAAAAUACGUGCCUUCGAUGGUCCUUUCAACUCUGAGGGAUCUACGCUCGCUAUCGCUUAGGACACACAAUACAGACUGGUCAGCUAUGAAUCUAGAAUUCCACCCGGAAAGUUUCCGUGGACUGACCGAGCUCAAAAGACUUGAUCUGGCCGAUAACAAUAUUUGGAGCCUGCCAACUGAUGUGUUUUGUCCAUUGUUUUCAUUGCGGCAGUUGAAUUUAACUAAGAACCGGCUCACUGACAUUUCCCAACUGGGAUUUUCUGACUGGGGUAAUGGACCCACUGCUCCCGGUAAAGCCUGCAACACCGGUCUGGAAGUUCUAGAUCUCUCGUACAACGAUAUUCUAUCCCUUCCCGACAACGGCCUAUCUUCGUUGAGAUCACUCAACAUUUUGCUUCUCCAGGAUAAUCUACUGAACUCUUUGGCUGACCGGUCUUUCGUUGGCCUCGGUUCUCUGAAAGUCCUGAACAUGUCAAGCAACAAAUUGGUAGCACUCCCGCCAGAACUCUUCCAAUCUCCUCGCGAGUUACGGCAAAUUUACCUGCAGAAUAAUUCCCUAUCAGUAUUAGCUCCCGGACUGCUUGAAGGCUUGGACCGCCUUGAGAUCUUAGAUCUGUCACACAAUGAAUUGACGUCGGAAUGGAUCAACAGAGAUACAUUUGCCGGAUUGAAACGCCUUGUGGUGCUGGAUAUCAGCUUCAACAGCCUUACGAAAAUUGACCGGCAUGUGUUCCGCGAGCUUUAUAGUCUGCAAGUACUUAAUCUUGAAUCCAACUUGAUUGAAGCUAUUGCCGAUAAUGCAUUCAGUGAUCUGAAAAACCUCGUUGCUCUCACCCUAUCUCACAACAAGCUGAAACGAAUCGAUCAACAUCACUUCAGUGAACUUUACGUCCUGAACCAGCUCUACAUUGAGUCAAACGCCAUCGAUUCGAUGCACCCCCGAGCCUUGGAAAAUCUCACCAACCUGAAUGACCUCAACCUGAAUGACAACCGUUUGACGGAAAUUCCGGAAGGGCUUGGAAAAUUACGCUUCCUCAAAUCUCUUGAUUUGGGAAAAAAUCGAAUCGUUACCGUUUACAACGCAUCCUUUGAGGGCUUGGAACAGUUACUCGGCCUUCGCUUGGUGGAAAACCGGAUUACCAACAUAUCCCGGGACGCAUUCGUAACGCUAUCAUCCCUGCACGUGCUCAAUUUGGCUUCCAAUCAGAUUCGUCACAUCGAUCAAUCGGCAUUCAGUUCAAAUCCUACCAUAAGAGCGAUUCGAUUGGACAACAACGAACUGGAAGAUAUCAGCGGGGUGUUUACGUCAUUACCGGCGCUUGUUUUCCUUAAUGUGUCGGACAAUCAGAUUCGGAAUUUCGAUUACAGUCAUCUGCCGCCAUCGCUGGAAUGGUUGGAUAUGCACCAGAACAACAUCACGGAACUAGGAAACUAUUACGAUUUGAACAACCUGCAGAUCAAGAUGUUGGACGUCUCGUUCAACCGGCUUGUUUCGGUGGAUAAUAAAAACAUUCCAGACAGCAUUGAAACAUUGUUCUUGAAUAAUAAUGUUUUGGAAGAGGUUGCGGCUGGGACGUUCCUGAACAAGAAGAAUCUUGAAAAGGUCGUACUGUAUGGUAAUUACAUCAAAAAGCUGGAAAUUGGAGCGCUGGCGUUGACUCGAGUAGGGGACGACAGAGAUAUGCCACAGUUCUACAUUGGAGAUAAUCCGAUACAUUGUGACUGUACGAUGGAGUGGCUUCAAGGUAUUAACAAACUGUCUCACCUGAGGCAGCAUCCAAGAGUUAUGGAUUUGGACACGGUGAUGUGUACCAUGGAGCAUGAACGAGGAGCUUCAAUCCGCCCGUUGAUGGAUUUGAACACACACGAUUUCCUGUGCCAGUAUGAAACACAUUGCUUUGCUACGUGCCAUUGUUGUGAUUUUGAUGCAUGUGAUUGUAAGAUGACAUGUCCGGAUCGAUGUAGCUGUUACCAUGAUCAUACGUGGAAGACGAACAUUGUUGACUGCGGAAAUGCCGACUAUACCGAAGUUGCCGAGCAUAUUCCGAUGGACGCUACAACGAUCUAUUUGGAUGGAAACGACCUGAAACAGUUGGGAAGUCACCAGUUCAUCGGGAAGAAGAAGUUGGAAGUGCUUUAUCUGAACAAUAGUAACAUUGCAAACGUGCAUAAUAGGACAUUUAACGGGAUUCCAAGUUUGAGAGUGUUGCAUCUAGAGAACAAUUACGUUGAAGAACUGCGUGGUUUUGAGUUUGAUCAGUUAACCAAUUUGAACGAACUAUACUUGGACCAUAAUGCGAUCGGCUACGUUGGUGAAAAGACAUUUGAAAAUCUUAAAUUUUUGGAAGUGAUCAAUCUGAGUGACAAUAAGAUAAGCGGAUUCUCGCCGUGGCACGCGUUGGCUGCGGCAUCUGAGACGGGAUCGUUGAGAAAGGUCUCUUUGGAGGGUAAUCGAUGGAGAUGUGAUUGCGAAUCGUUGCACAAAAUGCAAAGGUGGAUCAGAGACGUUGGUGGUGAAUUUGACAUUAAUCGAAUGAUUUGUGCGGACAAUCGAGUGGUUGGUGAUGUUAUUAGUUCCUGUGAGAAUCGGAUGGAGUUUGAUAAUGAAGUGGCUCCUCCAGCGGUGCAUCGAACGGUGCUAAUGGGCCAUGGGUUGAUUGGAGGAGGAUACGUGCCACUGCUGGCAGCGAUCAUCGUGGCAAUUAUUGGAACGGCCCUAAUAGUUGCGUUAGCUUGUGUCUUCCGGCAAGAUGUGCGGCUGUGGGCUCAUGCCAAGUAUGGUGUGCGAUUAGUGAAAGAUCCAAUUAUAAUGGCUAGCAACCAGCAAGAUAGUGACAAACUCUAUGACAGCUACGUAGUGUAUAGUAUUCACGAUAAUGAAUUUGUUGGAAGACUGUUGGGGGCGGAGCUACAGCAUUACGGUUAUUCUAUUUGCCUACAUCAUCGUGACGUACAUUCGAAUACGUUCCUCUCGGAUUCACUGCAGAAUGCCGCAGAUGCUUCGAAAAAGGUUAUCUUGGUAGUGUCAAUGAACUUUUUGCAAAAUGAGUGGUCUCAGCCCCAGUUUCGAGUAGCUCUACAGUCAGUGAUAGAGAACAUCCGGCCAGCGUAUCGCAGGCACAAGAUAGUGGUAGUUUUGACUGCACCGGUAGAACUGGUGGCCAUGGACCCCAUCAUGAAUCUGCUGAUACGAACGUGCACCGUUGCUUGUUGGGGAGAACGUAAGUUCUGGGACAAGCUCCGGUAUGCCUUACCGGACGUCAACAAGGACCGAACGCUCAAAAAGUUGGGCGACAUUACACGGAGUCCAAACCUUCGGUACACUCCCGCUCCAACUGCUGUGGAUCAGUGGUGUAAGAUCAGCCAUCCAGGAGUGGCCAUGCCGGUGGCCGUACCUCAGAGUACACCCUCACAGAGUACCUGCAACACGGAGGAUGAGUCCUCUUCGGCUUCGUCGCAGCAUUACGAGGCUCCCCAGUCCCACUACAACAUGAGCCGCUCCAGUGCCUCGCUUGGUCACGUGUACUCCACGAUACCGGAGACGCCCCAGAUGGGACGCAACGGAAGAGCUUAUUUCGUGUAAGAUAUACCUGUGAACCAUUUACGUUAAGACUUAACUGCUAUUUUGUUUCGCAGUCGUAUACAAUCGCAUUAGCUUAACUCUCAGUUAUUCUGUGUGAAAUGUGUAUAUUUGUACAGUAAGCAAAACCAACAAAACUCAUAGUCAUGUUAUGGAUCGAGUCAAUUCAGUUCGUUUUCAUAGAAUGUUACAGGAACGUUACACUAAUUACACAAAUGUGGCAAGGAUUUUACGCUUGCUAAAACACUACUUAUUUGCCAAAUAUAAUUAACGGUGUAUUAUGAUUCGCUCAAAGAUACUCUAUAUAGGAAUGAAAACAAAAUCUAAGAAUGUCAUACUCUAGAAUCUAUUUUAAUCCCCAUUUUCGGAACGAGUGUACUUCAGAAGCAGAAAAUGCCCAAGAAGAGAACAAUUAUGACUUAAUAAACGUGAUACUAGUUUUUAUAAAUUACUAUUAUUAACUGAAUGAAAUAAAUUGACUAUUAAUAUUAAGUGUAUUCAAUGCCAGAUAACAAAGCUACUGAAGUAAAUUUCGUAUAUUUGAACAAAAAUCGGCCUCCAUAGUCAAACCACUCUUUGAUAAUAAUUUCGGCGUAUAAACCAGAUUUUCCAUAAAAAAGUAAGUUACUGUGAAAAAGUUAAAACACGUGAGAGUUAUUAGUUACCGUCUGCCAUUAGGUGUAUAUUGGAGAAGACUACAAAACAACUACACAAUACAUGCCCUUAAGAGCUCCAUACAAAAAUGUAUAUUUGAUUAUAGGAUAAUAAUUUAUUUCGAACGAAAAGAAAAGACCGAAAUACAAUUCUCAAUUGAUGAAAACAAA